UAAUAGUAGUGUCUUAAAUCUCUGAACUUGUUAUUAUAGAAAAAGCUUCAUAAUUUGGAGAAAGAAGAUAGAAAAGAGAAUGAAACAAUGUUCAAAUCAGUGACAGACUUAAAUGUUCAGUCUCUGAUUUCUGAUGUUCAAUCUUUGAAGAUCUCAAAAGAAAAAUUGGCAUCAAAAUAUACUGCAUUAGAAAAAGAUUUUGAAACUGUUUUGGAUGGCUACAGUCAAUAUGGUUUGAAACUGGAAGAUUUAGAUAAAAAUGUGGACAAAUUGCUUAAUUUUGAAGAAGAUUUUGGAAAACUGAAAACAUGUAUUCAGAGAUUGGAGGAUUAUGUGUUCACUGGAAGUUCAGAUGUAUCCUAUUCGGAUACUCCUCCGAAAAGGUUUUCCAUACCUUCCACUGUUCCAUUUCCAACUAAGAUACCAUCUGAGUACUAUUUUGGUGCAAGAAAAAAGAAAGAUGAGGUAGUAGAAGAAGUUUCUUUGCAACAAGUUCCUUCAGCUGAGGUAAGUUUGAAAAAGGUGGAGAUUGAAGAAAUGCCUUCAAGUCAGAAACCUAAAAUGGCUGCACUUGUUCAAAAAGAGUCUGAAGAAAUAAAACAACUGAGGAGCCCUAAAGAAAAAUUCAGAGAAUUGGCAAAAAUGGUUAAAUUCGCCAGUGGUAAAGGAUACCCUUCUGUCCAUGACAAACAUGAAAAAGCGAAGGAAUUUAAAGUACAAGACUUUGAAUUGGAAGGUACAGCUGAAAUCAUCCCAGUGGAGGAAAUUUUACCUUCAACUGGAGUAAAGAAGCUAUCUUUAAGGCAAUUAAAACAAUUUCCCAAAGCUGCUCAUGCACUGACUAAUUUAAAAAAAAUACAGUCUGCAAAGUAUUUAGAUACUGAUCUUUUUAUUGAAGAUAGCAAGGAUACUGAAACUGAAGCUGAAAUUGAACCACAACUGGAGUCUUCAAAAACUGCAGAAAUUGAAGCAGCCAUUGAUUUGCCUAAAGUGAAAGAAAAGAAGUACAAGAAAGAAGUACCAACAAAAGUAAAAGAAGUUCAGGAAUAUGAAACGAUUCUGUUAUUUGAAAUUUUAGAAGAAAACUCCAAAAAGCUUAAAGAGGAGUUAGUUUUGUACAUAAAAAAACAAGUGAAUCCUCUUCUUAAUGAAUUUUACUUAGUUGAAAGUGAAGUGAAAAGUUUAAAAUUAAAAAUUGGAAAUCUAAAGCUUCAAAUUGACGAAAUUUCAAGUCAGCUUAUAAUGAAGGACUCUGAUCUUCAAGACAAAAAUAAAAAGCUUAAUGUUCUUGAAAACAUUGUUGAAGAUCAUGAUCGUUUCAUAAAAGAUGCUCUAGAAAAACUAGAGAGGAAAGCUGAAUCAGAUGAUGUGAAAGGAAAAGCUGAGAAGAAGGAUGUUGUUGCUGUUGAAAGAACAUUGUCAAGUUUAUGUGAUGUUUCCACUUCAAACAUAACAGCUUUGGAAAACAUGAUCAAAGAGUGUGUCACCAUGCUACGUCGAGAGUUACAGGAUAGACUACUAAUAGCUGAUAUUGAUGUAUAUAGUGAACCUCUGGAAAAUAAAAUUAAGAAAUUAGAAAGGAAGUUUCUGGACAAACCUUCCAUCCAACAUUUCCAUAACAUCAAACCUAUUGAAAUCAAACAGUAUGUGCAUAGUGGGGAGCAGAAGAACUUAGCUCAAAUAAAACAAUUGCAUACUUCUUCAGAGGGUUUCAAAUCUUUUACAUCUGCCUAUGAUGAAAUGAAAGUUCCUAUAUCUAUUCAAACUGGAGUAAAGAAAAAAAUGGAAAAUGCUGAAAUACGAGGGUUUCCUCACAUAGUCGAUGGAAGUUACACCAAAAUUGAUUUUCGUCAGAGAAAGUUCAAAUAAUAUGCAUGCAACUAAAAAAGGUUAUUUUUGCGCUUGGAAAAAUCUGAAAAAUUACGUAUUUAAAUAUUUAUUUUAUGUCUUAUUUGAAAAUAAAAUAUUCAUAUCUUGGC